AUGGCCGGCGCUGACUCGUUUUCCGGCAUGCCGGACGAUAUACAUCACCACGCCACCACACCAGGCUCCAUCAACUCCGAGGAUCGUUCCGAGGGGAGCACCCCGGGCGAGGAAUAUGGCUCCAACCCCGUCGAAAUCCACAAGCGAGUGCCCUCCCUGCGUGGCGGUACUGAACAGCUCAACAUGAACCCCAACUCGACGGCCCUCGGCCAGCUGUCCAUGGCCAGGAAGCCGCCGCCGCGAGUCCCCUCGUCCUUUUCCGGGAGCGCUGGCGCUUCCAUGGACAACAGCGCCGCCAUGGCCAAGGCCAGGGCCCUGCAGUAUGAGCGCCUGCAAAAGGCUACCACCCCGCCAUUCGUCCCCGGCGGUGUCGGCGCCCCCAACGGCUUCAUGUCCAACAUGCGUCUGCACGGCGCCCCGCACCGUCCGGUUCCCAGCGUGCACAAGUCGGCCCCCGUGGUCCCCGAGUCGCUGAGCAAGAGGAGAGCCAACAAGAUGGGCGGCAUGAAGCUCCCCGACAUGGGUGGCGACGCAAGUCCCGCCACCGGUGGGCUGAAGAGGGCCGGUGCCCCCAAGCUGUCCGAUAUGAACGGCGGAAGCGGCGGCAGUAACUCGAGGGAGAUGUCCAAGAUGGACGAGUUCAAAAAGUACAUCGACGCCGAUAAGGGCUGGCUCACCUUUGACGGCGCCGCGACCAUCACGAGCGAAGGAGUCAACUUCCACGACGGCCAGACGUUCAGCAUAUCCCUCGACGAGGUGGAGAUUCUCGACGAGCUGGGAAAGGGCAACUAUGGGACUGUGUACAUGGCCAAGCACGCGAGGCCACGUGUGCCCCGCUUCGGCCACGGCCUAUCGGGGACGAAACCCACCAUGAAGCACACGCUGUCGGACUCGACAGUUGCCGCCAGCAUGGACUCUAGGGGCGCCGGCGGUAAUACUAGCGGUGUCACCAUGGCCAUAAAGGAGAUGCGGCUCGAGCUGGACGACGCCAAGUUCACCACCAUCCUCAAGGAACUCGUCAUCCUGCACGAGUGCGUAUCUCCCUACAUCAUCGACUUCUACGGCGCCUUCUUCCAGGAGGGAGCCGUAUACCUCUGCAUCGAGUACAUGGAUGGCGGGUCCAUCGACAAGCUAUACGACAAUGGCAUCCCCGAGAACGUGCUGCGCAAAAUCACCUACUCGACCAUCAUGGGGCUCAAGUCGCUCAAGGACGAGCACAACAUCAUCCACCGCGACGUCAAGCCCACCAACAUCCUCGUCAACACCCGGGGCCAGGUCAAGAUCUGCGACUUUGGCGUCAGCGGCAACCUCGUCGCCAGCAUCGCAAAGACCAACAUCGGCUGCCAGAGCUACAUGGCGCCCGAGCGCAUCUCCGGCGGCGGCGCGGUCCCCUCGUCGGGCGGAAACGACGGCACGUACAGUGUCCAGAGUGAUAUCUGGAGUCUUGGUCUGACGACGAUCGAGUGCGCCAUGGGAAAAUACCCUUACCCUCCCGAGGUGUCGUCGACGAUAUUCAGUCAACUCAGUGCCAUCGUCGAGGGUGAACCCCCAGCGAUGCCGGAAACGGGCUACUCGGACACAGCUAGAGACUUUGUCAAGGGUUGCCUGCACAAGGUCCCCAAGUCGCGCCCUACGUACGCCAUGCUCCUCAAGCACCCGUGGCUGAAGGACCUGAGUAAGCCGCAGACGAUCAGCGAGGAGGCCGAGGAAGGCGAGGCGGCCGAGAAGGCGGCCGAGGCGGUGAGCAGGAUGAGCCUCGCCUCGGGGACAGAGGACAGCGAGGUGGCCGAGUGGGUGGGCAGGAUGAUCCAGAGGAACAAGGAGCUCAAGGGCGAGGGUAGGUCUUCGCGUCCGGCACUGCACGCCGUGUCCUUGGACACUGUCAGUCCCAUGGCUAGUCCCAUGAGGGAGUCGGGGUCCAAAGUCUGA